AUGCAUAGAAUUUGCAUUUUCAGUCGAUAUGGUGGUCGUUCAACAUUCGCUUCGAAUCCGCUAACCCCACCACUCGGCACAUCCACCCCGACACACACACGAUUCGGUACCAAUUCCGGUAACAACAACAACAAUCAAACAACCACCAACAUUAUGGAAGAAUCACGUUACAGUGCGCCUGGUGGUGCCGCUAGCACUACGAACGGCAUGGACGACUCGCAAAUUAGUCUUAAAGAACAAGUUACAGAUGUUGCUCAAUCUUAUAUAUCCUCAUCAUCGCAUCACCCUUCGAUGAGUGGUAGUGUUAUUGAAUAUGGCGGUAGUCGACUUGAAACACUGCAACCAUCAAAAGAAAUCGAAGGUAUCUUCUUAAUCUUGCACUCACAUUAA